AUGUAGUACUUUGUUAUUUCCUAAUUAUAUUAUAUUAUUACUUUUACGCUCUUCUUUAAUACGCCUACUUACUUACUAAUUAAUAAUUUAGGUCAGUCAAUUCAAUUGCUUCUUUUCAUGCUUCUUCUUUCUUUUCAUUCUCUUUCUUCCUUUCUUCUCUUGUAUAAAAAGCUUUUUUUCAUUCUACUUUUUGAUUUUUUUUAAUUUAAAAAAAGCAAGUAUUAAUUCCAAAUGAAGAAAAUCUUCUUUAUAACGAGCCUUCUAUUAGAUUUGUAUAAGUAAUUCCCUGUAAUCUUUUUAUAUUAAUUAUUUAGUUAUUUAUUGACGACAUUCUUCUCAUAUUCAUAUAUUCUCUCUCACACACAAGAACAAAUAACUUUUCACAAAAUCCAACCAAAACAUUUUGUAUAUUUGUUCUAUUUUAUUUCUAACACUUGCACAUUUUUCUAUAAAAUUUCUUAAUUUCUUCUGUAAAAUUUUUAGAUAUUGAAUAAAUAAACCCCUUUUGAUUUUAUUCCUUUAAAAUAACUCAAAUAUCAUCUUUCUAUUUUACACUUUAUUUAAAAAAAAAACUUGAUCAAAAACAUGUAACUAUUGUAUUUAAAAUGA